UGCCUCAUCUCCCCCUUUGCUGUGUUCUCCCGACAGGAGAAGGCCCUGGCCUCCUUCAGCCCCCAGUGGAGCCUGGACCGGAGCCGUACUCCCAGGGGACUAGAUGAGGACCUGGACACUGGGGACGCCAAGUUCUUCCAGGUCAUCGAACAGCUCAACUCUCAGAAACAGUGGAAGCAGUCAAAGGACUUCAACCCACUGACACUGUACUUCAGAGAGAAGGAGCUGGAGAAAGAGUAUCGACUCUCUGCCCUCCCCGCCUUCAAAUACUAUGCAGCCUGCACCUUCCUGGUCUUCCUCUCCAAUUUCAUCAUCCAGAUGCUGGUGACCAACAGGCCCCCAGCUCUGGUCAUCACUUACAGCGUCACCUUCCUCCUCUUCUUCCUCCUCCUCUUCGUCUGCUUCUCAGAGCACCUGACGAAGUGUGUCUUGAAAGGCCCCAAGAUGCUGCACUGGCUGCCCGCACUGUCUAGCCUGGUGGCCACACGGCCCGGCCUGCGAGUUGCCCUGGGCACGGCCACCAUCCUCCUCGUUUUUGUCAUGGCUAUUACCGGCCUGUUCUUCUUGCCGGCAGCAUCAAACUGCACUUCCCGGGCUGCCAAUGUGUCCUCCGUGGCUUCCAACCUCUCCUGGGAGCUCCCUGGGUCCCUGCCUCUCAUCAGCGUCCCAUACUCUAUGCAUUGCUGCGUGCUGGGGUUCCUGUCCUGCUCCCUCUUUCUGCACAUGAGCUUCGAGCUGAAGUUACUGCUGCUCCUGCUCUGGCUGGGGACCUCCUGCUCCCUCUUCCUGCACUCCCAUGCCUGGCUGUCCGACUGUGUCCUCGCCCGCCUCUAUCCGGCUCCCUCGGACUCCAGGCCAGGGGUGCUGAAGGAGCCCAAACUGAUGGGAGCUAUCUCCUUCUUCAUCUUCUUCUUCACCCUCCUUGUCCUGGCUCGGCAGAAUGAGUAUUACUGCCGCCUGGACUUCCUGUGGCAGAAGAAGCUGCGGCAGGAGCAGGAGGAGACAGAGACAAUGGAGAACCUGACGCGGCUACUGCUGGAGAAUGUGCUCCCUGCGCACGUGGCCCCCCAGUUCAUUGGCCAGAACCGGCGCAACGAGGACCUCUACCACCAGUCCUAUGAGUGUGUCUGUGUCCUCUUCGCCUCAGUUCCAGACUUUAAGGAGUUUUACUCUGAAUCCAACAUCAACCACGAGGGUCUAGAGUGUCUGCGGCUGCUUAAUGAGAUCAUUGCUGAUUUUGACGAGCUGCUCUCAAAGCCCAAGUUUAGUGGGGUGGAGAAGAUCAAAACCAUCGGCAGCACCUACAUGGCAGCCACAGGCUUAAAUGCCACCUCCGGACAGGACACACAGCAGGAUGCUGAGCGAAGCUGCAGCCACCUGGGCACCAUGGUGGAGUUUGCAGUGGCCCUUGGAUCGAAGCUGGAUGUCAUCAAUAAGCACUCUUUCAACAAUUUCCGCCUGCGUGUGGGGUUGAACCAUGGACCUGUAGUAGCUGGAGUGAUUGGGGCCCAGAAGCCUCAGUACGACAUCUGGGGCAACACGGUGAACGUGGCCAGCCGCAUGGAGAGCACUGGAGUCCUGGGCAAGAUCCAAGUGACUGAAGAGACAGCCCGGGUGCUGCAGGCCUUAGGCUAUACCUGCUACAGCCGGGGCAUCAUCAAGGUCAAAGGCAAAGGGCAGCUCUGCACCUACUUCCUGAACACAGAUUUGACACGAACUGGCCCUCCCACAGCCACCCUAGGCUGAGACCCCCAUCCUCUCUAUUCUAAGAUCCUCAAUAAAAAGACUCUGGGGGCACCUGGCUGGCUCA